AUGACACGUGAACGCGCGUCGCCUUAUCAGACCUCGCGCAGGAGCGACGACAGCCCUUCCAGGAAAGUCGAGUAUGAUCUUCAACGCGCGUUUAGUCAAGUGCAACUUCACCAUGCUGAAUGCCAAAGACUUGACUUAUUUCAACGCCGCCAGCAACAAGAAGAGCUUGAUGCAAGGGAGAUGGUCCAGGCAGAAGUCCAUCGAAAGGAGAUCAACUAUGCGACCGCUCAGCAUGAACUAGUACGACAGCAAGCUGAAGCUGUUCUUCGAUCAUAUCUAAAGAAAGAGGAAGAAGAGCGUCGCAAGCGUGAGGAGGAGCGAAGAAGGCAGGAGGAAGAAGAGGAAAAGCGAAGACAGGAAGCAGAAGCGGCACGGAGACUGGCCGAGCUGGAGCGCAGAGAGCGUGAGGAAAGAGAACGACGAGAGAGAGAAGAACGGGAGAAUGCCGAGAAAGAGCGCGUUGCCAUCCUUGAAAAGCAAAAGGAGGACGCAGAGGAAAAGCACCGCAAAGAGCGCGAAGCAACUGAAAAGGCUCAACGAGAAGAAUCCCAGAGACUAGAACGCGAACAGCAGGAUCAAAAAGACCGUGAAAGUGCCCUCAAGCAGCAGCAGCAACAACAUCACCAACAACGAGAGGCGGACAAGACCAGUGCUAUCACCAGCCAAAACCUUUCACCAGCAGCAAUGACAAUCCCCGCACAGAAACCCACACAAAGCACAUCAUCCACUCGUCAUAAUCUAGAGGCAGAACACAGACAUUACCUAGCAAUUCACCAGAAGCUCAAAGCCUUCCGGAAGGAUUUCUGGGACAACACGAGAAAGAACCCAGCUCUAAAACCUCACGUUGGGGAUAUGCGAAGGGCGAUGAAAACCAGUAUCGGCCAACUGACUGACGAUAGGGUUGGCAAUAGGGUUCCUCACGAGAGAAUCCGCUCAACACUCAUCCGAGCACUGAAAGAACUACCAUCUCCACCGGUCACUGUGAACGACUACCUUCCACCCGGACUUAGCCUUCUCGACAAAAACACCACCACCAUCCCAUCACUCGUCCUGUACCUCCUAUCCAUGUUCAGCAAAGCCGUUAUGAACGCCUUUGUAGGCGAAUGCGCUGUGAACCCAAAAGCCGCCGAACCGAUCGGCACACUCGCCGCCCAGAUCUUUUCCAUGCCCGAGCUACAAUUCACGCGCAACGUUCCAUCCCUCAACUCGGGCAUCCACUACGAGGCCUUCGGCGGCUCAGCACCCACCCCGCCGAUGAAACCCAGCAGCUGCUCGCUAAUUGCCGUUCUAGUGUGCAAGUUCCACGCCGCGGCCCCCGCGUUAUUUGGCGUCUCUGGCUCCGAAUCCACCAGCGCCGGAAGACUCCGCCUGGGCUGGCGCACCGAACACGUCUCCGACGGCAAGAAAGCUUUCGUCGAAGAACAAAAGCAUUACGACCGCCUGACAGGGCUCGGGGUCGGGUAUGCGUCCAUCGCUUUGCGGAACUUCUCCAAAGCUCGCCUCCAAAACCCCUGGCCGCCCCGCCACUACUGGGAAAGCCUUGCCAGUAUCGCGAACACGCCCCCUGCCGAGGUACAAACUAGUCACCUGAUUCUCCUCAAGUCGAUGCUGGAAAAUGUCGCCCGCGACCGCUUCGUACUGUUCUACGGCGCCGCCGGAAUCGCCGCCUUGAGGCAGGCGGUCGUCGCUUUCCCAGCCUCGCUGCCGCGAGAGAUCCAGGAGAAGCCCGCUGCGAGGGCGCUGGUGCUUAUGGCUGAGAGUUGGAAAAUGGGCUGGGAUUGA